GGUAUUAGUCAUAAAGGAUGUGACGUCAUAUUUUUUUGUUGACAUUUUAUUUUGCAUGUGGAUUCAUAUUUAUUUUAGUUAAAUAUUGUGCUAGUCAUGUAAUUUUAACUGAGUCUGUCAUAAAAAUAGUAGUGCAGUAGACCUAAAUAAUGUAGUAAAUUAUAUCAGUGAGCUAGCUUAAAUAUGUGAUCUUAAUUGUUACAUAUUAAAUCAACACCUUUUUGGUAUAUUUUAAUUCACAUUAAGACUAUAUUGACGAAGUGGUAGUUUCAAAAUUAGUACAGUUAAGAUACAGUGCAUUGACCACGGCACUAGAAACUCAAUAAUUGUCAAUAGAUGUCAUACCAUUAUUAACAGGACUGAAUUAGAAUAUGGGAUCAAAGAAGAUAGUGGACUAUAUACUGUUAAUUUAUCAAGUAAAGACCAAUUUUCCUUCCCUCUCAAGCAGUUCCAUGGUUUGUGUGUAGUGAUAUUUAGAAAAGAAUACUUGUUAAAUUGCCUGACAGAUGCAUCAUCACCUCAUUUUUAUGGUAGGAUACCUAUUGUAAUUAAUCAUGUAUGAAUCUACCAUUCAUGUCUGCACACUAAAUCAUUAGUGACUUCUACUGGCUAAUGAUUCGAUCAGUUAGGUGUAAUAUAUCUACACAGGUACUUUGUGACUAUGACAUGGGAGACAGGAUAAAUCCCCGAUCAAUAUACACAACACAGUGCAGCUUGCUUUGUGCAACCACUGUGUCUGAUCAAUUAAUUAUCCCAAAACUAGGUCACAUUUACAGUGUGUAUAGCAACAUAUUUGACAAAUAGCUAUUUUUAGAGACUUAAUUCCAUUGGAUAUUUUUAACUGUUGAAGUGAGGAAUUUUAAGAUUGAGGUUGGGAUGUAGCAAACAGACACACAGAUUACCUGGGAUGAGACAUCGUAAACUAGAUAGAUACUUGAAUCUUCACACAGCAGGUAAAUAAAGUGCCAUGAGUUGAGUGAUCGGAGCUUUGUGAUGGCCUGUGAUGUGAAUGGUGCCGGAGCCGCUUACCAUGACUAUGCCAAUGAUACUGCCCUGUCCCUCUCCCUCAAACAGUUUAAACUGUCCACGAAAUUGGUGUGUCAGAAGUGUGGCCAGUUCCACGAACCGUAUGGAACCCACCUGUACGACUACCACCAGGCGGUGGACGAAGAUCUCAUGUGCCAGAUCUGCCUUCAGCCAUUAGUGAACCCUCUGGACACUAAAUGUGGCCAUACCUAUUGUUCAAGGUGCUUAAAGAACUACCUCAAAAUCCAGCGACAAUGUCCAGUGGACCGACAGCCACUAGCUGUCCAUGAUGUCCAGUCGUCCAGUAUAUUGGUACGGCGGUUGCUAGACAAGUUGCUGGUGGUGUGCCCCAAUGUUGACUACUGUGAGGAAGUCCUGCCUCGUUGUGAGCUUGAGGCCCACCUUCUACACAGAUGUCGAGGUGCCAUUGCUAAGUGCAUAAAGUCUACGCUAGGGUGCACGUUUCAGGGGCCCAGGAGUGCCCUACAAAGCCAUUUAUGGGAGUGCCAAUUCAGGGAUCAAGAUGGAGGUAAAAACCCAGUCAUGGAUGGAGAGGUCUCGACUAUUGAGAUUCAGCGUAAUCAGGCUGACCUCGGGAUCAGCAUUGUUGGAGGAAAUGAUACUCCCCUGGGCUGUGUUGUACUACAGGAAGUGUUUCCUGACGGUGUCAUCGCGAAGGAUGGACGUCUGAUGCCCGGAGAUCAGAUACUGGAGGUUAAUGGCGAGGACUUGACCCAGGCAUCCCAUUACAGAGCUCAGCAGGUCUUAGGUCACUACUUCCCGGUGUGUCGACUGACGGUAUACAGAGAAAAAGCAGAGGAGAAUCGACCAAUCGAAAAGGAAGAGAUACUCAAAAUAACAUUGAACAAAGUCAAAGGGAAGCAACUGGGGAUUAAGCUGGUUGGUAAAAGGAUUGGUCCGGGGGUAUACAUACUAAAUCUGGUCCCAGGAAGCUUGGCGGCCUUGGAUGGUCGACUUAGGUCAGAUGAUAGAGUGUUAGAAAUCAACGGGUCAGAUGUUUCCUAUGGAACACAGGAACAGGCAGCUCAAGUUAUUCAGAUGAGUGAAGACAGGGUUCAGUUUGUAAUCUCUCGGUGCAGCCGACCUCAAACACCUGAUCUCAUCAGAUCCACAGCAGACAACAAUGUUGUUCAUCCUAACUACGAAAAUCAUAAACCUUACAACAGUCUGAAUGGGCAACAGGGCGAGAAGCUGGUAACAGUAUCCAAGGAGGCUCAAGAGACCUUGGGAAUCAGUGUAGCGGGGGGCAUAGACAGCCCAAGAGGGGAUACUCCCAUCUACAUCACAAACAUCAACCUCACGGGAUGUUUGGGCAAAUCCAAACAGGUCAAGAAAGGAGAUAUUUUGUUGUCUAUAAAUGGGAAGAGUUUGCUGGGUCUGAGCCACAACCAGGCAGUCAAUCUGGUUAAAUUGAACACAGAGGCCAAAGUUGUUUGUCUGAAGGUCAUUGAUGGGUCAGAGACAUCGUAUGGUCAGGGAAACUUCACUCCAACUUGGUUGUUCUGGCAGAAAGUGCCAAGUCUUUGCCAGACCAUUAAAUCUGUGACAUUGCUUCGAAGCCCCAGUGGAAGCCUGGGAUUCUCAUUGGUCGGUGGUUCAGACAAGGACACUGGACCUAAUGUGCCCGUUUAUGUCAAGUCUGUUGUCAUGGAAACACCAGCAGCAAAAGAUGGCAGAUUAAAAUGCGGAGAUAUUCUUUUGAGUGUGAACCAGCAUUCCUUGGUGAAUGUGACUCAUUCGAGUGCAGUAGAUCUUCUUAAAGAAGCUGAUGGUGCUGUAACUCUCACUGUCGUGUCAUGGCCAGGGACCAUUGUCUGACAAAUUCUGAUUGGCUGAGACAAUCUCUGAUUAACUCUGAUUGGCUGAGACAAUGUCUGAAAAAAAGUCUCAUUUUUUGAGAGAGAGUUGUGUCAGAAAUCUCAUUGAUUGAGACAAUCGUGAUAAAACAAAGCCGUGGAUCCUUAUCUGACUUAAAUCUCAUUGGCAACUUUAUCAUGUUAAAGGUUAGUUGUCAGUACAGCAUUAUGGAAAUUACAUUGGUUGAAGCUCUGUCUGGUACAGUACAUGGAAUACUUAUAUCUGUUCUGUGCGGUUGAAGCAACAUUUUCAGUGUUCUCUAUCGUUGGGCAGGACCCUUGGUGUGGAUUCAUUAUACAAUCUAUAGCAGGAUGACCUCUGAUGGAAAUGACCUGUAACUUACCUGCAGUGUCUGUGAUUAAAUAAACUAUUGUUACAUUAGAAGCCAUAACAGUUUAAUGUUAGCACUAGAUUUGUGUGUGACUCGUACAAAAGUGAUGAAUUUUGGUAUUAAUUUUGAUAGUGAUUUUCAUCUCAUUUUGUAAGUUGUGCUGUGCACUUUGUAUACUUAAAACAUUUUCUUAGAAAUUUGUCUAAACACAAGCUGCUUGGUACUGGUACCAUAAGAUAUUUCAUUUCACCAACAUCAAGAAAGUUGGCACAGGAUAUAUACUAGUAUCUCAGGAUUAGUACUCGCAGUGUAGUGCCAAAAUUUACAUCCAAAAUACAGGCAUGUAAAAUAAAUUACAGUUUAUCAUUAUCUUGUAUCACAAAUACUGUGCAGCAAUGCCUUAAAAAGGAUAUGAAUCGUUUGACAGUUUUGUAUGUCUCUAAACAAUGUUUGGUUUUUUUUUUUCAUUCUGUGAGAUACAGAAUAUGCAUAUUUGUGUGUGAGAUUUUUUCAUUGUGGGUGAGAAAACUAAACUAAAUUGGUUACUGCAGUAAUAGGUUCUGUUGCUUUUCUGAAAUAUAUCUGUUUAGGCAAACUUUUUUGAAAAAAGGAAAUGAUUGAGUAUUUUCUUUCAUUUUAUUUUCAAGUUACCUGGAGUUCAAGAAGAUUUUAAAUUUUAACUGAACCAGUAAAUCUGGUAUUGUCUUUAAGUGUUACAAUUUUUCCUGUUUUCGUUUUAUAUACCUAGGGUAUUAGAGAGAGAGAGAGAGAGAGAGAGAGAGAGAGAGAGAGAGAAUUAGUCAUUAGUUACAUGUACCUGCACAAUUUAUGCAAUGUUUACUAUUCAUUAUUCUAGUCAUCAUUUUAACCAUAAUGCAUUUCAAUUUGUUGUCAAGUUAUCCUAUUUUUACCCAGUAAUUGGGUGUAAUAAGGUAUCUUAUCGUAACCCAGUAAUUGAGGUGUGUUGACUGUUAGCAGUCUUUUUUCACCUAAUGAUGAUUAGGAAAGCAAGUCCAGAACUAGUAAUGAUGGUAAAAGUUCCCAAACUACAAGACUUGGCAGUUUAGUUUUUCUCAAAAUAUUUCAUUGAGAUUCAAAACAUGUUUUGAAACUAUCGAUGGUCUGAUUUUUAUAAAUAAUAUCUCAGUAAGAUAUUAAAUGAUAUUUACUACAUGCAGAAGUACAACCAGGGUCUUUUCGUAAGAUUGAAACAAUUUACCAGCCAGUCACUUUGAAAGUAGCUUUCACAAGUACAGAGAAACAUUUUCUUUUUCAAAACAUAUAGUGGAAUUUAGACAUUUUUUUUUAAAACAGUGAUCAGGAAAUAAAUAAUUUGGAAGAAGGCUUAUUUAGGCUCUGUCAGCUACCUAAUUUUAUUGUGAUAUAUAUCAUAAUAUAUAUACUAUAACUGAGAUGACAACAGAUUUCAUUAGCUUCAGUUUAGUGGACAUAAAAUGUUGAGAGCUUGAUCUCAUGAGACUUUGUUCCUGAAAGACAUUCCCCUUUCAUCAACGUAUACAAUCAUCAUAGAAUAAUCACAAAGAUUACUAUAAACCAACUUUUAUUGGCGAUGACUUUAGUUUUGAAAUAUAAGUGAUGAAGUAGUUCGUGGCGACUAAGUUCACCAUCUAGAUAAUCUUAUACGAAUACAAGAGACGUUAAAGUAUUGGUCCGCGAGAAAUCAUUCAGACAUGUUAUAGAUUUAAUGCAGCAAUGGGCGAGAUCAUUCUCAUGUAAGUGUGAGAUUUGGGGGCCUUGGAGUGAUAUAUUUCAAAUAUUUGCACCAACGAGGUUCUUGCAAAAUAUGCACAUGAAUAAAAGUUGGUUUACAUUAUUUUUGUACUCAUUUAUUUUUAAUAUAAAGCCAUUACAUUUAAUUUUAUUUGAUACAACUGUGCAUUAAUUUUUAAAGUUUUACUUUGCAAAGGUUGUAAUUUAGGUUUUGUUUUUACCGAGGUUCAACAUUCCGUUAUUUGGGGAAACAUGUUCAUACUGCCAACUGUGAUUGCAAUCUGGCACAUUUUCUUUUCUGUUGAUCUCUUACUAUCGAUUGAACCCUUGUAUGUUACUUUUUACUAUUGUUUUACGAGAUGUAUAUGACAUGAUUACAUAUUGCAUUAAAAACUCUUAUAUGUAAUAAAAAAAAAUUCUCUUUU